UAAAGAAAGAAAGAAGAACUCACAGUUUGUUUAGAUGUUCAGCUGCUGCGUCUUUAAUACAUUUCUGUCACUUCUCUGUUUCUAUUCUUGAUGAUUUCCUCUCUUUCAUGACAGCAAACCAAACGUUUUCUCUUUGUUUUGACAAGAGCUUUAAAUAUCCUGUUUCAGGAGUCUUAUUGAGUUUGAGAUGUUGAAGAUGAGCGUCAGAGAUCAGAGAUCUGAACAGAGAUCCAGAGACACACAGGACUCAGAGCUCAGCCUCACUUUACUCUGUUAUACUGACACUCAGGAGAGUGUGUGUGACAGUAAUCAGGGUGAUCAAACCUCCACAGAGUCUCUGGCUUCUGUCUGUAACGCUGGAGAACAGCAGAUGCUGCAGAUACCAUUGAAGAUGUGUUCAGUGAAGCUGCUGGACUGCAGGAACCUGAUGGAGAUGAGAGGAGAAACCACAGCAGAGGAACAGCAUGAUGAUCACCAUGAAGAUGAGGAGGAUGUUAUUCAACAUGACAGUCACGAUGAUGAUGAGGAGGAGGAGAAGGAGGAUGAUGAUGAUGAUGAUGAUGAUUUUCUUCCUUCGGAUGCAAACAUUGUUUCAUCUUCUGAUGAAGAAACGACUUCUACAUCAAAAGCAAGACAUGAGAGAACCUUUUCUUCCUCAGAAGAGAGGAACCAUCAACAGUUCCCCUGUGACUUGUGCGGGAAGGUGUUCUCUACUUCCUCUAAUAUGAAGGCUCACAGGAAGACACACAGCAACGAAAAGCCUUUUCAAUGCAGUGAGUGUGACAAGUGUUUCAGAAGAAACAAAAAUCUUGUUCUUCAUGGGAGAAUACACACUGGAGAGAAACCGUUCACGUGUCCUCACUGUGAGAACAGAUUCAGACACAGACACCAUGUGAAGGAACACUGUGCCCGUUUUCACGCCAAUAAGAGACUGUAUCAGUGCAGCGAAUGUGGGAAAACCUUUGUACAACUAGAUUCUCUAAAGUUUCAUCAGAAAUUACACUCAAAUACAUAUCAAUGCUCACACUGCGAUAAACAGUUUAGGAACAAUUCUCGUCUGAUACUCCAUGAGAGAACACACUCUGGAGAGAAACCUUUCCUCUGCUCUUACUGUGGAAAGAGCUUUUCUGAUCGACGUAAUUUCAGAGUUCAUGUGAGAGUUCACACGGGAGUAAAGCCUUAUAACUGUAGCGUUUGUGGGAAGAGCUUCAGUCAAUCUUCCCACUUAUCCAAGCACCAGAAAACACAUACUGGAGAAAGACCUUACAAAUGCUCUCUCUGUGACAAAACGUUUUCUCGAUCCGAUGUCCUGAAAUCCCAUCAGAGAGUGCACACAGGAGAGAAACCUUACCGCUGCCCAAUCUGCAGGAAGGAAUUCGCUCAUUUAGCAAGUUUUAGUACUCAUAAGAAGAUACAUGUUAAAGACCAAACUGCUCUGGAAUCCACUAGCAUCUUUACAUGCCUCAAUCUGUGACAAGCUGCACAUAUAAGUCAAAUUUGUUUUGCUGUUUGUGAAGUGAUCCAGUGUUUCCUACUGUAGUGUAAACUAACCGUACCGUGUUUGAAAUGCUUGCGAUGUAGUACCUUUGAAUGCCCAGAUGGCGUCAAUAUAUACGUUCUGAGUACGAUGCCAAUUUUGUAAUCGUGUAAAUAGGGCUAGGCGAUAAAACAAUAUCGAUAUUUAUCGGAAAAAAUAAAUCCUUGAUGUCGAUUAUAAAGUUCUGAGUAGUUUUUGAUAUUUAACCCAUGAUCUACAUCUAGACGAUCGGAUCAGGUAUGUGUUGCUAAAAACGCGAGUAGUUUGGCAGAGUUAUACACAUGAUUAGCUAACUGAAUCACAGUCAUGAAAACUGCUGGUUAGGACGUGUUAGCAGGCUAUCAACACCAUUGCUGUUUAUUUCUGUACUAUUUAGUCAAACGGUUUUCAUCAUCCAUGGCGCUGUCAUGGGAAAGAAACUGUUUCUACUUUUAGUGUUUAUUGGUGGUUAAUUAAAUGGUUGCUUAUCCGGUGCAGUUUAACAAGUUAUGUUUACAUUCAUUCUUGAGGUCUGACGUACAUGUGGAAUGCUUUUCCUUCCCUAUUAAUGGAAUGAAAUAAAUUUUGCAAUUAAUGUUUUUGGCCAUACAUGUAACCAUGCAGCUGUUUGUGUGUAAUCUCAAAUAGAUAAGAGAGAAAGGUUUUGAAACUGCAUUGAACUGGUUUAUUAUGUACUUUUGUUUAGAAUAGAAGAUCAUAUACAUGUAUUAGGAUAGAGAAGUAAUGUAACCAGUGAUAUAAACAUGUGGUAGACAUAAAUGGGGUAUGUAUGAAUGUUUUACAGAUAAAACGUCCAAAGAAGAGAGAGAGUGUUCAAGUGACUUCACCUGAAGGAUCCCUAUAGUAAUAGCAGAGACUGAUGAAUUGACACUGUUGUUAAUACCAGUGAAUUCACAUCUGCAUC